GGAAGAUGAAAGGAGAAGGAGGAGGAGGCAACAGCGGCAGCCAAACUUAAUAAAUAAUUCUGACGAUUCCUGAUAUCAGAUGGAGGCCCCUGAGUGGGACCCACUGAAAAAUGACACCCUUCCACCGACCCUGACGCCAGCUGUCCCUCCGUAUGUGAAGCUGGGCCUGACCAUUGUAUAUACUGUUUUUUAUUCACUGCUUUUUGUGUUCAUCUACGUCCAGCUCUGGCUGGUUCUUCACUACCGGCACAAGAGGUUCAGUUACCAAACUGUCUUUCUGUUCCUGUGCUUGUUUUGGGCCUCUCUGAGGACUGUGCUCUUUUCGUUUUACUUCAAAGACUUUGUCACAGCAAAUUCUCUCAGCCCCUUCAUCUUCUGGCUUCUCUAUUGCUUCCCAGUCUGCCUCCAGUUUUUCACCCUGACCCUGAUGAAUCUCUACUUCACACAGGUGAUUUUCAAAGCUAAGUCAAAAUAUUCUCCAGAGCUACUGAAAUAUAGGUAA